AUGUAAACUUUUUUUCUGGGUCAUCGAACAAACAAACCCAAUCAAUGAAUUGCAGUCAGCGUAAUCAACGGCCACUGGAGCGCGAAUUCGCGGCAGGAAGAAAACUUCCUCGCGAAAUUUUUACCUUUUUUCAGUAGUGCCAAUGUUUGAUUAGGUUUAGAAAGUGUUAAUAUUUAUAAAAAUCAUUUGAAAAAUUUAUGUUUUUUUUUAAUCGACUGGAAACUUUUAGCUUCUUUACAACAGAAAGUGUUCACACUGAAAACUCGUCAGGGAGGGGUCGGAGGCGAUGAUAAAAAGCCAUUGGCAUGAUCUCCAUUUUCUCUAUCCCUAUUUGCUUCAUUCUGCUCUAUAGUAUUUUUCCUUUGCAGCUUUUCAUCUUUGGUGGUUGGAUUUUGUUCUUCUUCUUCGUAGGAUUUGAUCCAUUUCCUCCUCCAUAAGAAACCUAAAUCUUGCUUUUUGAUGAGUUUUCGUACUCUUAGAGUAACCUCAAAGUUUGCAUCUUUGGCUUCUUUCUCUUGCCUUUCUCUAUAAAUCACAGCGUUUUAUACUGGAAGAGGGGUAAAAAUAACCCUAAGGAUGGGGAUCACAAAUAGCUUUGUUUUUGGGGGGAGAAGUUAAGUUGAACUUUUUCUCUCCUAUACCAAUUGGGUCCAAAAACUAGAGAUUAUGGUAAUUAGAAAAUGGAAAGGAGAAGCAGUUUUUUCAUUGCUGCUGUGCGUUCUUGCAGUGGUGUUUCUGAGAGGAGUGGUGGCUCGCAGAGUUGGAGAGAGAGAAAUUUUGUUACAUGAUGAAGGCGACAGCUUUCCAGAUUCUGCUUUAGCCCAUAUGACAGAAAGGAUUGACCCUUUGGAUCAUUUGAAGAAAUACAGAGGAGGCUUUAAUAUCACAAACAAGCAUUAUUGGAGUUCAACUAUAUUUACUGGAAAAUUUGGGUAUAUUAUUGCAGUGGCAUGGCUCAUCAGUGGCCUUAUUUACGCAUCAAUUGUGAUAAUUUCAAUCUUCUAUUUUAAGGGUAGAAGUGAGAAAAAGAGAGCCAAUUUUUUUAAGAGACGAAACAAUUGGUCUCUUCCAUUUGCAGCUUUCCUUACGUUAUUAGCUAUAAUUGCAUCAGGAGUGGCACUUAGAGGCAGUACUGGAUUUCAUUCAAGGGCCAUUUUGAUUGAAAACAACUUGGUACAGUCCUUAAAUAAUGCAUCAGGAACAAUAAGUAGAGUUUCAGAAUCAGUUGAAGUGUUGCAGAAUAACACACAACUUAGCCAAAAUGUUGAAGACACGAGCAGUCUGGAGCGGACUUCGAAGAAGCUUAAUGAUGAGGCCAGCAGCAUACAGAUGAAGGCUGAGAGAAUCAUGCACCAAGUUACAAUAGGGCUUAAUAUACUGAACGCAGUGACUAUUAUUACCGUUACUUUAAACAUAUUUAUCAUCAUUUUGUUGCUGGCAUCGAUCCCUUUCAAUUUUUGCCAAAUUUUUUGUGUGCUUAUUAUACUUUGCUGGCUACUUAUAUUCCUUCUUUGGGCAUACUUUGGACUAUAUUAUUUCUUUGGAAGUUUUGCUGGUGACACAUGCAUGGCUUUAGAUGAAUACCGGCAGAAUCCAGAAAAGAGCACAUUGAGCACAAUACUUCCUUGCAACAACUAUGGUUCUGCUGAGACAAUCUUCCGUGAUGUCGGAGAGCGAAUUUAUGAUUUGAUUCAACAGGUGAACUCAAACAUAACAUCUCUGAGUCUAUCGCUUUCAAAGCUGGAAUAUAUAUGCAAUCCUUUCUCUGGGCCACCUGAGUACUACUACCAUCCCGAAAAUUGUUCUUCUAAAGCUAUAAGAAUAGGCGACAUACCCAAGAUCAUAGAAAAAUUUGCAUGCUUGGGGAGCAGCGAUGGAGCCUGCAAGCCUGGGGAGUUCAUACCUGCAAGCGUUUAUGGAAAAGUUCAACUUUAUACAGAUUCCAUGCAGGAUAUUCUCGAUUCUUAUCCAGAAAUGGAGAGUCUGGUGGAUUGCCAAUUAGUCAAGGAUGCAUUCUCUGUAAUCUUCUUUAAUCACUGCAACCCACUGAAGAAAUAUGUGCACAUGUGUUGGGCUUCACUGGCAACUCUCUCAACUAUUUCAGUUCUUUUUGUUCUUCUCUAUGCAUCAAAAGUUCAUCAAAAGAGCGAACCUUGUGCAUCUAAUAGAUCAGCAAAGCCUGAUUCUGUGGUUUCAAAGCCAUCAAAAUUUGGUGCAGAAAUUGUUCCUAAACAGCAGAAACUUGGAGCAGUAGUAGGAAGAAAGGUUUGAGAGGCAACUCAUAAUUUAUCUUUGUUUUGUUAUAACAAAAUUAAUGAGUCGGCUUCUCGAGGGAUGGAGAUGGAUCCAAAGGAUCUCGUCCGCCCUUGCCUUCAAGUAUUUUUCUCCUUUUAUUUCAUUAACCAUGUGGUUGGAGAAUCUAACCACAAUUUCUGGUGACUCCUAAAAUGUGAUAGUUUAAUUUGGUUGUAAAUAUAUAAACAUUCAUAUAUAAUGAGGAAGGGGUAG